AUGAUGGCAUUUGCACCUCCAAGCACGGAUGGUCCCAAAAUGCAGACAAAGAUGAGUACCUGGACACCCUUAAACCAUAAACUUUUGAAUGAUCGGGUAUUUGAAGAAAGAAGAGCUCUACUUGGAAAAUGGUUUGACAAAUGGACAGACUCUCAAAGGAGAAGAAUCCUGACGGGCCUGUUAGAACGCUGCUCCCUGUCACAGCAAAAGUUCUGCUGUCGAAAGCUUCAGGAAAAAAUUCCAGCAGAAGCUCUGGAUUUUACUACCAAGCUUCCAAGGGUGUUGUCCUUAUACAUCUUUUCCUUCCUGGACCCCCGAAGCCUUUGUCGCUGUGCACAGGUGAGCUGGCACUGGAAGAACUUAACUGAGCUGGAUCAGCUCUGGAUGCUCAAAUGUUUGCGGUUUAACUGGUACAUCAAUUUCUCUCCAACUCCCUUUGAGCAGGGCAUAUGGAAGAAGCACUACAUUCAAAUGGUGAAGAAGUUUCAUGUUACCAGACCUAAGACACCUCCGAAAGAUGGGUUUGUGGUUGCUGAUGUUCAACCAGUGACAGGCAGUUCUCCAGAGGAAAAGCAGUCUCCGUCAUCGGCUUUCCGAUCUUCUUCCUCUUUAAGAAAGAAGAACCACUCAGGGGAGAAAGAACUCCCCCCCUGGAGAUCCUCUGACAAGCAUCCAACUGAUAUCAUUCGCUUCAAUUACCUGGACAAUUGUGACCCCAUCGAGCGGAUCUGGCAAGGAAGAAAGAAAAGACAUGAAACGACCCCAGAUUCCAGCCGACAGUCACAUGAUAAGAAAAAUAAAUCGCGGGACAGAUCUAAGCUAAGAAAAGCACAGUCACUGGUGUCCCUGAGUGCAGAACCCAGCUCCCCUCUGCAAGUCCCAGCUCAGCUUGCCUGGCCUCCUUGUCGGUUGGCGGGGCUCCCAGCCACCGAGGCAGCCACGAAAGUUCUCAUGCAGCAUCUUCAGAGACACUCUGGCCUCCGGUCGUUGCCCAUCCAGGCUUCAGAGCUGAAGCUGAUUUAAAAAUGUGAAAAGAGCUCUGGCCAGUGUGGCUCGGUUGGUUGGAA